AUGCUAGUGCAAGCUAAUAACCUAAUGGCUCAUGGCUUCCUUCUCUUCCUCUUACUCUCUUGCAUUAUAUCUACAAAUAUUCAUGCCUGCAAAGAAACUGACCACAGCUCCCUCCUAUUCUUUGCCUCCACUCUAUCUUCUCCUCCUUUAAAUUGGACAUCCAUUGAUUGCUGUCGUUGGAAGGGCAUCACUUGUGAUCAAGAUGGUUGGGUCACCCGUUUGCUCUUGCCUUCCAAAGGGCUCAAAAGAGAUAUCUCUCCCUUUUCACUUGCAAAUCUCACACAUCUCACCCACUUGAACCUUUCCCACAAUUCACUAUAUGGUUCACUUGAAACUCAGUUCUUCUUUUCUUUGAAUCAACUCGAGAUCCUUGAUUUGAGCUAUAACCGUCUUUUUGGAGAGCUACCACUUUCUCCAUCGUCCAGCAAUAUCCGGAUAGUCGAUUUGUCCAGCAAUCACUUCUUUGGUGCAAUUCCAUCUUCAUUCUUCCAACAAGCAAGCAACUUAACUAGUUUCAAUGCUAUUGGAUUUUUCUUCCAAUCAUUUAAUGGCGACCUUGCUCCUGGGUUAGGGAAGUGUUCUGAACUGCAGGUUUUUCGUGCCAAUCACAAUAACCUCUCGGGAUUACUUCCAGAAGAUAUCUAUAAUGCUACCAAACUGGAAGAAAUUGCAUUACCUCUCAAUUCACUACAUGGAGCCAUUAGUGGUAAAAUUGUCAACCUCACCAACCUUGCCAUCCUUGACCUUUCCUCUAAUCAUUUUGGCGGCAAGCUUCCUCUCAAUUUGGGGAAGCUCUCCAGGUUGAAGUUUGUGACCUUAGAUUUCAACAAUUUAGAAGGUGUGUUGCCCCCAUCUUUGAUGAAUUGCACAAACCUUGUCGAACUGCGUUUGGGAAACAACCACUUGGAAGGAGAUAUCUCUGUGCUUAAUUUCUCAAGAUUGAGUCAACUUACUAAACUUGACCUACGGAUCAAUAACUUCACUGGUACGGUUCCAGUAAGCCUUUACUCAUGUAGGUUCCUAAAAGCCAUUCGGUUGACUGGAAAUAAUCUAGAGGGACAAAUACAAGCUGAGAUACUUUCAUUGAAAUCCUUGUCCUUCCUCUCGCUUGGUUACAACCGAUUCACCAACCUCACAGGGGCAAUGAAGAUAUUGAUGAGUUGCAAAAGUCUUCACGCACUCUUGCUUAGCGGUUCCUUUGUGGGUGAGGGAAUGCCAUCUGAUGAUGACAUGGUUGAUUUUGAUGGAUUCCAAAAUCUUCGGCUCUUGGGUUUGGUUCGUUCUAACCUCACUGGUAAAAUACCUUUUUGGUUAUCAAAGCUCAAGAAAAUAGAGAUCUUGGCUCUGGGUUUUAAUCAAAUCACAGGGCCGAUUCCAAGUUGGUUGGGGACUCUUCCUAGACUAUUUUAUAUAAGCUUGUCACACAACCAAAUUUCAGCAACGAUAGACUUCUCUACGAAUAACAUUGUUGGUGAUAUACCCACGGAGAUCAGCCAAUUGCAUCUUCUCUACACGUUGAGUCUUGACUCCAACAACUUCUCCGGUGUCAUUCCAGACCAAAUAUCUAACCUAAAAAAUUUAGAGGUUUUGAACCUCUCCAUGAAUCACUUGUCUGGAAUAAUCCCAUCGUCAUUGGCGAGCCUUAAUUUCUUAAAAGAAUUUAAUGUCUCAUAUAAUAACCUUGAAGGAUCGAUACCAACAGGCACCCAGCUCCAAAGCUUCGAAGCUUCUGCGUUUGAGGGGAACCCAAAACUUUGUGGUGCGCCACUUCCAAAGUGUGAACCAAAUAAGGGCAUUGAUGCAGAUAACAAGAACAACAAAGACGUGCACAAUUGGCUUCAUCAACUUCCAUGGUUUUAUAUCUUUGCAGCAUUGGGGUUUAUAGUGGGAUUUUGGGGAGUUUGUGGUUGUUUAAUUAUUAACAAGACUUGGAGAUAUGCAUAUUUUCGAUUCAUAAACAACGUACAGGAUAGGCUCCUCUAUGUGAUGAUAACAGUCCCCCUCAACAGGAUGUACAGAAGACUUCGAGACUAG